UCCUGCUCUCCUGCACAGAGUGAGCAGAUCCUUCUUGAAAACCAUCAGAGUAAUAUCUGGUCUUACACUGUUGGUUGUUACUACGACAUGAAAAAUACGCUGAAGAGGCUUCUUACCUGUCCAGAAAAAGGGGAUCUCUCAAGUACAUUUGUGGAGAGCACAAGAGAUUCUUUCACAAUGGUUCCAACUUUGUGCCUGGACGUCGGUCAUUUCAGUAAUGGUGAGGCUGACACAUCGGACUCCUUUUCUUGUAAACCACUUUUAAUAACCCCCUCAUCCAUGAAUGAACAAAAAGGACAAAGUGAGACCCCAAAACCUUUCUUGGCUCUCAAAAAGUAUUUGCAAGACCAAGUCCUCCUUGACACCACAAAAGAGAUUGCCAGCCAGGUUCUAGUCUUGUAUAAGACUGAGGUGAUGGAGAAGUUCUCAUCUUCUGUUGGAGAGUGUGAUUCUGAAGAGUCUCUGGAGGCCAAUCUAUUUGUGGAUGGCAUCAUGUCUGACUUGAAUGAUUUCACCAGUUCUUGUUCCGCCUCACCAUCUGAGUUGUUAGACAGUGAACAAUGUCUCUCCGAUCUCACUUUUCCACUUGGUCUGCAGGACAGCACCACCAACAGUGAAUCUACCCAGAGUCUUCCAGUUAUAAAUAUGACGAAACUCUCCAGUUUGUCUUUCCAGACAAAGGCUAGAAAGGCAGUGAGUGAAGCUCUGAGAUCUGUCAACCCCUUUACAACCAGCUUACUGGGAGACUCUGAAGCAUCUAAAUUACAGGACACUUUUGUAACAGAUGUGGAGACUAUUGUUCAGUCCAUGCAGGCACAUGAAUCUGAAAUUCGAAGAAUUUCAAAAGUGAGUACCCUUUCUGCUGCUCGUAUUAUAUAUCAUAGAUUUCGAGAAAUGCUGAGGCGGUUUUUCACUCCCUGCCAAGACUCUGUGAAGGUCAUCGAUGGUGUUACACCAAUACAUGACGAGACUCUCAAACAGGCUCCCAGUGAAAGUUUAGAUUCUCAGUUGACUUGUAAUAGUGAUUCUCUUGAAAUCCAAGCGGACCUUCAAACCUGUACCAAUGAGGUCAUUAGUCAGAUCCUCACUGUGUAUCACUCUGAGGAAUCCAUGAAGGAAUGCCUCUCUAGCCUAAAAGGAGAUACAGAAGACCUGUCCAAGGUUUUGGAUGCCGUUGUUUCUCAGAUUGACGUCCUUGCCGCCUCCAAAUCAUAUUUAUCUGUUGAUGACUAUGCUGUUAAUACACAGGACAAUAUGCAUGGUGAGAUCAACAAUGAUGAAGAGGAAGCAUCCGCUAGAAGUCUUAAAUCCACAGCCUUUGACAAACUAUGUACUGAGGAGUUUCAAACUAAAGCCUCACAUAUGGCUGGUGGGAUCCUUCGAUCAGGGUUGAUUGGCAUUGUAAAUACCAGCCUUAAUGGUAGAAGUGCAGACAUUUGUGCAGAGUCCAGUAAUGAUGGUGAUGAUAGAGAUGUCAAAAUCCUUCAGAAGAGUGGAACUCCAUCUUUAUUCACCUCUUCUCUGCACACCAUUUCUGCAGCAUCCAACAUCGUCAUAAGCAUCACUAAAGACCUUAAUAGCUUCACCCAGAUGACUAAAAUGUCUGAUGCUUCAGUGUCUGGCCAGUUAGAGAGAUCCCUGUCAGCUUCAACCCUUCCUGGCAGUGUUCACAACGGGGCCAAUGUGAAAGGAAAUAUAAUUUGGCCAGGCACUGUUAACCUGUUCAACAAUGUGUUCACCAAGGUCAAGGACUUUUUUGCCCAGCAACAACCGGUCCUCCUAGACAGUGUGGUUGAGGCCCCCAAACAUGCCGAAUCCAUAUGCAGAACAGCUACUUCUACACAAAUGACUGACAGUGAACAUGAGGGCAGCCAGACCAGCAUGGUAAAUUAUUCCAAAGCCUUAAUUAGUCAGACUCUGAUGACAAUCCAGAGGAGAGUGUCUAUGUCAGAGAGGAUGAGCACCUCAGAGAAAGGUUUCUUGACUCGUUCCAUAGUGGGCUCCAUGUUGGAGGAUGUUGACAUGGUGAGAACUGAUGGACACGAGAUACACCGGCCAUCCUCCUCAAAGUCCUCCCUGUCCAUCACCUCUGCCAUGACCAGAGGGUCCCAGAGUGAUUUUACAAAUUCUCUUCCAGGCACUCCAGUCUCCAAUGAGUGGCCUGUUGAAAGCUAUUGUCCUAUCAUUAGGAGUUCGGUCAUUGAUAUGAGUGACUCCUCAACUCAUUCACAAGGGUCAACAAAUUACACAAGGCAAACCAUCUCUGCCAUAGUUGACACUGUUAUGGAGGUAAUUCCAAGAGAAGUUACGGAACACAUAGCCACUGCAGAUGAUGUCACUUCUUUUACAAGAAGACUUGCGAGACUCAGCCCCAGGGACGGUCUUCAGAACUUCUCACAUGAGCUCACUGACAAAGUUUAUGAGCUCAUAAAAAGUCACAACACCCCCCAGGCUCUUUUUGUGCCAGCUGGCAAGAGCGUGUCUGACUCUAUUCUUUUGAAGCUGAAGACAGAAUUGAAUGCUUCUGAAGAAUCCAGGGAGUUUCCAUCUGACCUUGUAUACUCCUUUGCUAAGGAGUCAAUAAAACGUCUGCUACAGCAGAUUAUCUUCUGGCUUCCUCCACCAUCACAAGGAUCCGGUUUCUGCCAAACUAUCAUCUCUGAUGGUUCUCUGCAGGACACAAGUCGGCUUGUCCCGAGCUCUUCUGCCAUCUCCAUUAGUUCCUCACAGGUUUACUGUGACACAAAGAGCCUUUUCACCAAUAUAAUGGUCAAUCAGGUCAUGGAUACCUGUUCUGUGGCCUCAAAUUCAUCAGUAAAAUUAUCAGAGUUGAUGAACAUAAUCAAUGGGUUGUCCCCAACUGAUGCUGGAACACUUGACUCUGACAGACCGGCUCUCAUGACCACUAGCCGUCAGUCUAGUGCCAAAUCAUUGCCUAGACCCUCUCUGUCUGGCAGCAGCACACACAACGGUGGAACUGUGGAUAUUCAAGUUUUAGGAGAGGUGGAAUCCAAAGAUCUGGAGAUGUCUAGUGUCUCUGUGCAUCCAUCAACUCCAUCAGCCAUGGACUCCGAUACACAUGCAUCAUUUGACUCCCCUAGCAAUGACUACACCUCUUUGGUACUUUUACUGAUUAUUAGAUUGCUGUCAAUGAUCACCCCUAUCACAUUACUGGAAUCCUCUGACAUUGGUGAAACAUCAAGAGUUCUCACAAAGAGGAUUCUGUCUGAGUUCUGUGGCACCUCAGGCCUUGAACCAACUCAAGCCUACCCCCAGAAUCUGAAAAUCAAAAAGAUUUUCAAGGCUGUCUACAAGGGGCUUCUUCAAGAAUUUGGGUCAGAGAAGAUGCUCCAGGUUGCAAUGAAGUCAACAGAUUAUGCAUUUGAUGAUGCCCUGGUCAAAUCAUUAACUAGGGAACUGCUAACUAAAUGCAAUGAGGCUAGCUCUUCACCUCACUCCAUGACCCAGUUGUCAUCACGCAAUGCACUUGGCAGUGACGAGGUAGGUAAUUCUGGGCUUCCAACAACUGGUACAAAGGAAAAGAAGAGAGGAAGAUUCAGCGCUCUCUGUGGACUCAAACCAAAGGUACAUAUGUCAUCAAAAUACAUAAAAAUAAAUAUAUUCAUUACGUACAGUAUGAUGGUAAACACUGAUACCUUUUGUGUGCAAUUUCUCCUACUGUACAAAUGACUGUUUGUUUUCCAGUGUACACAGAAGGUCAACAAGAGAAACCACUGCACUCCAACACCUUCCCAGAACCAGACCCCUGCUAUCAGUGAAACAGCAAUAGUCAAUGAUCAAGAAUCCUGCCUUCCAGAGAGUGUAUGCUCCACCAAGAAGAAACCAAAGAAGCGUUCGCUCAUUUCUAGGAUGUUUUCAGCUAUAGGCAAAGCCUUGUCCAGUCCCUUUACUUCCUGCUAUAAAAGGAAGAGCACCUAAUCUAUAUUUCAAAAUAUAUAUUUGAAAUAAACAUAAUUGCAUUAA